GUGCCAUGGGCAGUGCAGCUGCUGCAGGUACUUGGGUCAGAGGCUGCACUGGCAGAGACAAGCUUUUGUUUCUUUCAGCUGACAGAUGCUGCUGGCAGUGAUGAAUCUGCUGUACCUUUUCAUCCUGCUGGCUGUGUACAGACCUGCACAUGGCACCUGGGACAACUGCAGAGGGACCUGUGGGCUCCGGCCCAUGGCUUCUGACUACAACUCUAUAGCUGCUGACUACAGAAUUGUGACUGGCACAGGUGCCCUGCCGGGGGCCUGGCCAUGGAUUGUCAGCAUCCAGGACCCCAGGAAAAUAGGCACAGGCCAUACGUGUGGAGGGUCCCUCAUCAGCCCACAGUGGGUCCUCACAGCAGCCCACUGCUUCCUCCAGGCCAGGAACGUCAGCAUGUGGCGUGUGCUGAUCGGGGCCACCAAGCUGACCCAUCUGGGCCCCGAGACACAGGUGCGCCACGUCAAGCGGCUCCUGGCCCACCAGGAGUACACAGCUGAUUCCCAGCAGAACGACAUUGCCUUGGUGGAGCUGGACGAGCCCGUGGAGUGCAGUGACUACGUCCAGCUUGCCUGCGUGCCCAACGCCUCGCUCACAGUGUCAGAGCUGAAAACCUGCUACAUUGCUGGCUGGGGUUCUGCCAGUGCAAAAGCUCAGGGUCCAAGUGAUGUCCUGCAGGAAGCCAAGGUCCGUCUCCUGGAUAUCCGGGUUGUUAACAACAGCCGCUGGUACGCUGGGGCCAUCCACACCCACAACCUGUGUGCUGGCUACCCACGGGGUGGCAUGGACACCUGCCAGGGUGACAGUGGAGGGCCUCUGGUGUGCAAAGAUAACCGUGCCAGCUACUUCUGGCUUGUUGGAGUGACCAGUUGGGGAAAAGGCUGUGCCAGAACAAAGCGGCCAGGAGUCUACACCUCCACUCAGUACUUCUACAACUGGAUCCUGAUCCAGAUGGGCGUGUGCCCACCUGUAACAGCCACUCCAGAACCAGAGUCAGCCUGCAUCUCAACCCCUCUUGAGCAGCCAGAGCCAACACCAACAGAGUCAGGCUGCUCUACUCCCACUCCAUACCCACAGUCAGCUGAAACAACCACUCCAACGCCAGAGCCAACCUUCAGCUCAACCCCCUUUGAGCAGCCAGAGCCAACACCAACAGAGUCAGGCUGCUCUACUCCCACUCCUCAUCACCCAGCUGCAACAGCCACACCAGAGCCAGCCUUGACCUCAAACCCUUCUGAGGAGCCAAUGUCAACGCAACCUCUCUUGCCUGCUCCACAUCCGUACCAGAUACUGGUGAAAUUCUUAACUCAGAUGCACCAGAUGCUGCUGGGCCUCAUGAGAAAAAAGACAUGAGCAGCAGGAUGAACAGGAUCCAGUGCAGACCACAACCAUUUCAUACUGGGGCAGUGCCUGCUCAUCCAAAGGCAGCCUCAGGGUCAAAGGUGUCCUCUGUCCUGCCCAUCUUCCUCCUCUGCAUGCACACAAAUGCUGAAAUUGAUUUAGUUGUGGAAAUAAAGUUGCCUAUUGCCACUGUUA